AUGAACGGUCGCGUAUCGAAGCUCAAUCGGACUUUGAUCGAUGAUUUCGGUCCAUUCUGGUUUGUAACUGUUAUGGGGACGGGAAUCUCAGCGGACAUCCUACAUUCAUUUCCAUAUGGUACACGAUGGAUACGAAUCUGCUCUUAUAUCAUGUUUGCCAUCGCUUGUAUUCUCUUCGUGACUUUGCUAUUGUUCUGCAUACUUAGUAUGGCCUUGACCGCACGAGAGCGGUCAUUACGCUACUUCCCAAAAAUUUAUCUGUUCGAUCACAAUCAUAAUGUAUUUUGGGGGGCUUUUUCAAUGGGGAUGGUCACAAUCACAAAUUAUAUCUUUCUACUGGCGGAAAACGAGUUCCUUGGCAAACCAGUUGCCGACCGAAUGAUAAAAUUGGUUUAUGCUUUAUGGUGGUUGAACGUGCUGCUGUCACUUGUUUCUGCUUGGGGCCUUUCAUUUUGCAUUUGGCUCAAGCAUAGUCAAUACUGGAAAGUAGAUUCGAGUCCGUCUUGCACGAAGACUAUGCAACAGAACCUUCAAAGCGUGUUACUAUUACCUGUCAUUCCAUUAUUUGUGAUAUCGUCCAGCAGUGGUAUUUUUACAAUGUCUACUAGAUUUGGCCAAGUGAUGAGCCGCGACAUUCAGCUCGUAACGUUGGUCGUAACAUCUCUAAUUUGGUUUAAUGCCUUCCUGUUUUCCUCGUUCAUCAUGGGCACAUACGUUUGGAAUUUAUAUGUGAACAAAAUCCCACCAGUGAACAUGGUGUUCACAAUGUUUCUGAUAAUUGGUCCGAUGGGACAAGGCUCUUAUGGAAUUCUGUUAUUAACUGACAACGUUAAAAAAUAUAUUGAGCAAUACUACCAAACAACACCGAGUGUCGGUGAUGUACACUUUGUCAAAAUUGCAGUCCAGUGUUCUGUCAAAGUUUGCGGUUUCCUUCUAGGCUUAUUGCUCAUUGCGAAUGGAAUUUUUUACACCAUACUGUCAAGUAGCGCCAUCGUUUUCUACCUCCAUACGCUGAGGGCAAACCACACUGGUUUCAAGAUUUGCAAUUUUCAUAAGGGUUGGUGGGCAAUGACCUUUCCAUUGGGAACAAUGGCUCUAGGAACAAAAGAGCUAUAUUACCAGUACAAUCCAUAUGUGCCGUUGUCGUGUAUAAGAGUUGUCAGCGCUACUUAUUCUGUCUUGUGCGUCGGUACCACUGUCGUCUGCAUUAUAGGCUGCAUCAGGAUGUAUUACGUUCCAGUCAAGAAAUUUAUGAAGCACAGUUCAAAGGACAACGAAUUGAGGCACAGCACCAUAUAG